AUGACACUCACCACCAUGUUCUUGGUCCUCAUGGUUGGCUUUGCACUGGUGGCAGCUCAAACAGGGCCUAGGAACAACAUCACCAUUGGCUCCACCCUCUCACCCACCACUCCGCCCACUUCCUGGCUCUCCGCGUCCGGCCGCUUCGCUUUCGGAUUCUAUCCGCCAGGAAACAAUCCCUCCACCAUAGGAGUAUGGCUCACCGCAUCUCCUACGGAAACCGUCAUCGUAUGGACGUUGCUCCAGAAGCCCUUCCGCAAGGAUGCGUUGCUAAACUUGACCAAUACUGGGCUCGAGCUCGUCUACCCAAAAGGCGAGCCGCAGUCCAUCAUCAAAUUCCACGGCACCUCAGUUCUUGCUUCCAUGCUCGACUCUGGCAAUUUUGUCGCCUAUCGUUACGACGGCAACACCACGUACAAGAGCUUUGAUCACCCGAGCGACACGAUCAUGGGGGGACAGAGCCUACGGUGCGGCACUCAGCUCACUUCCAGCGUUUCCGAGACCAACUACUCGUCGGGGACGUCCAUUCUCAUCAUGCAGUGCGACGGAAAUCUUGUGUUGUACCAAGAAACCGUCCUGCUCUGGGCAUCUGAAACCUAUGGAGCAGGAUACACCAGCCUGAUCCUUGACACCAAUGGCGCUUUUUACCUCCAAUCCAGCAGCGGAGAGAAUAUGAGUCUGUUAAGAACACCAAAUGGCGGCACAGAGCCAUCCAUCUUCCAUGGAAAGCUCGGCUGGAAUGGCACAUUCCAGUUGAAAUGGCUCCGUUUGGAGACCAAUAUGACGGUGGAGGUGACUGAAAUCCCUGACUACAAGGACAGGUGCGAACAGAAGGAGACUUGCGGCUUCAAUAGCAUUUGCACUCUCAUCGGUGACCAACAACCCAAUUGCAGCUGCUUGACUGGUUUCGCCAAUGCAACAGGCAGGGGAUGCCAGAGGAACUUCACCAAACCAAGCUGCAAGGGGAUUCUCGACACCAAUCAAUACUCGAUGGAAGCUCAAGAGAAUAUAAUUUGGUUAGACGAUCCAUACAGCGUUAAAUAUUCGUCCCGCGAGGACUGCCAAGAUGCGUGCUUGAAGGACUGCAACUGCGACGCAGCGCUGUUCCGUGACCAGAAAUGCGCGAAGCAGAAGCUACCCCUCCAGGGUGGGAGGACGAGCAUGGCUGUCUCAACUGAGGCUUUUCUUAAGGUGCUCCGAGCUCCUCCAAUUGGUCAUCAGGAUGCCAAAAUCGAGAAAGUGGUGAAUACCAAGGCCGUGACGAUAAGUCUGGCUCUUGUCGCUCGUAUAUACUGCUUUCAUCGCCCUCGGUGUCUCCAUUUUCGUAUCGCAAGUCUGGAUAUAUCGGCGGAGGUUGAGCAAGUGGGAAUUGGCUCUGUAUGA